CUCUCGUUCAUUGAACAGCGGCUGUGUAAUCACCUGCAUCCCGCUGGUUGGUCUCCUUCCCUGAGAGGACCGCGAAGCCGCCCCAUGCCAUCGACGCAUAUAUCGCCCAUGCACUCGUGGUAGCAGCGUGGCUCGCGAGGUGCCAUAGGCCUGAUCGGCUCUGGCCACUUACCUCUGCCUGAAAAUUACCUCUACCCUGCAUCUAUUGGUGACAAGUUGCCGGCGAUAUACCCCUGAAAUAGUGUACGAAAGGGCAACCACAGGAAGCCCAAGUCAAGCGUCUCCACUGUUUUCAUUCGCAAUCGCCUUCAAACAUCGUUACAUUAGACGCCAUCAGCAUCAUGGCAGACUUUGCUGCACGCAAAAUCAACCCAGGCUUCACGGGCCUCAUCUCUACUUCGAUCAUCUUUUUCGUCAUUGGCGGCGUCUGUUUGGUCGGCUUUGAGACGCUGCGACAGCUCAAGCGCUUGCCGCGUCUUCAUUUCCGGUCGUUCCGAAAUCAACUUAAACCCUCUUCGCACCAUGGUCGGCGAAAGAGGCGGCAUAAGGGUACCAAUGAUGGAGGUGGCAGUGCCAGCGAUGGCUUUGGAGAGGGGACCGACUGCGAAAGACCGCUUUAUAAACACGGCCUCGGUACUACACCGGAGGAUUGGGAAAUGGGACACCUCUACAUGGCUCGUCAAUUCCACGCGUCCACUCCUUCCCCUCCGCCCGCGAGGUACCCAUUCAUGUGGGCGUUGCAGGCGCUGCGGUUCAAGGACUGGUUCUACGCCACGCACACCGGCAUGGACACCGUCGUGUAUGUUCGCUUCUUGAGGGCGUGUGUCUGGUGGCUCACCCUACACACGCUGACCACCGCACCUAUCCUGCUGACGAUCCACCUCGAGUUUUCCAAAGGUGUCGAACUGACAGACAUGUCGCACGCCUCAGACAUGUCGCGCGCCUCACUGUCCUACCUCGUCUUGAGGCCUCAGCCCGACGGCCAGUGCCCGCGUGAAGCCAACGAGAAGGGGCGCAAGCUGCUCUGGAUCCACCUGUGCAUCAUGUGGUACAUUACCUUGACCUGGGCAUACGCUAUGUACUGGUUGGGACGCGGCAGCGUCCUUAUUCGACGCCGUCUCGUCGAGCGCAUCAGGGAACGAAACGUGCUGCGUCCCAAGCGUCAUGCGCACAAGAAGGCUAUCGCCGCAUUGGAGAAUGGAAGAAAAAAGGCCCGCGGGAAGGCCAUCGUCGGCCUGGCCGGUGGAGGGCAAGAGGGAGCCGCAGGUCAAGAGGGCAGCGAAGCGAAACUCAUCGAUGGCCUUCCAGCCGGACACUCCGCCAACGAAUUCGGCGGGCUCAUCCACGCUGCUGCGCACCAAUCGCUCUUCUUCAAGCAUGAAACGCCCUGGCGCAGGAACAAGGGCCAGAAGAAGAGGGGAAACCGCCAGCGGCGAUAUGACGACCCAGAUGAAUUUAGCGACGGCGAAGAGGAUCUCUUGAGCGUUGAGGAUGAUGACGAGGAGAGCAAAGAAGACCAAAUAGGGCGGGAGACGGAAAACCAGGAGAGGAGCAAACAGAGUUUGCAUGUCCAUGCCAUCUCGCACCCGGAAUGCCGAGCUGUUGAUGACCCAGACAGUAAGGACCCCAAGCUUCUGCUUCCCACAGACGCGGUGGAGCCACUCAACUCGUCGCUCGUCCGUGCAUCUUCCGCAAACGAAGGCGGUGGAGGUGCUCAAACCAUCAAGAUAGCUAGUGGAAAUGGCGAGGAAAGGCCGCACCAGCAGCGCAAGAACAGUUCCAAAAAGCGCAAGCCAAAGUUCGACCCUUCCUCUGCCGGAUGGCGUCAGCGCACAGUCAUCGUGACCAACAUGCCAUCAACCAUGCGCGACGAAGCCAGCGUCCGGCGAUAUUUCGAAGAGUUCCUUCGGCCCGAUGUCGACGAGGAGAAUGACGGAGAUGAAGGCCGCGGCUCCAUGCUAGGUGAAGGCCGGCAAGAAGCGGGGGAGAGAAUGUCGGAGCUGGUUGCGCGUCAGGAGGAGACGAGACUUUUCUCACAAGAACGGGAUGGCUCGCGUGCGCAAGUGCCUGGCUCGCUCGAGAUGAAGGAUGCGAAAGACAUCGGCACGUUGCGUGCGGCGGACAUCAAAGGCUACUCGCAUUUAAGGGAUGAGGGUGACAAUGAUGGAGAUGAGUACCAGGACGGCGAGCCUUGGCGUGGGGACUCGUCCACGUGUAGUGCGACGGCCGGUGAAGGGAAGGAUGCUGUGACAACAGCAGGCGCCGACACUAUCACUGCUCCACCUGCAAUCGGUCCUGAACCAGACGUUCACAAGUCAUUCCGACAUCGUCAGUCGCCUGUCCAGACCGUUGUACUCGUGCGCAAGAUGGUCGAGCUCAGCAGCAUGCUGCAACGCCGUCAAGAAGUGCUGCAACAGCUCGAAGCUGCACAUAUCAAGCUGGCCCAGAACGUGAUUGGAGCCAUUGGCAGGCAAACAAUCGCCAAUCGCCGCAGAGAUGCCAAGGAGGCCCGGAAGGAGCGCAAGCGCAAGCGCAAACGCAAGGUACAGCAACACGGGCAUGCGGAAGACAAAAUGGCCGACCUUGAACUUGGAGAUUCUAAGACGAGGACGAGCUCAUCUCCGGACAAGCGGGCCGGCGCUGGGGAGGGCCUUAAAGCGGAUGUUAAAAAUUGGAAUGAGCAGGAGGCGUUGGAGGAGCUGACGUGUCGUCUCGCUCGAUUUGUGCCAUGCAACACGACCGGAGCGGCGCGAAGAAAGCCGAGCGAAACGAUCUGGGAAGCUUUAGCAGAUGUUCCUAGGGAGCUGCUCGAUCCGUUGCAGCCGGUCACGCGCCUUUCGGCACUCUUCCGCGGCCAAACGGUCCCAACGAUCGACUACCUUCUCACCAAGUUGAACUUGCUCACUGCACUCGUUACCGAGAUGCGCUCUCGCCCGCCAAGCAGCUACGAGCCGACUUCGACGGCAUUCGUCACAUUCCGCGAUCCGAGACAGGCUCGCAUGGUAUGGCGCGAGCUCGACAGCCAGAUCAUCAUCAAAGUUCGCAUGGCGCCAGAAGUGAAGGACUUGGAUUGGGAACGGCUCAUGCGCACCAGCUUCACCGGCGAUCUUGUUCGUGGAGCAGGCGUCAAUGCGUUCUUCUGGGCUUUCACCAUCUUCUGGGUCCUGCUGAUCCAGUCCAUCGUCCAGUUUUUGUUCUCGGUGCCGAACCUCAAAAUGGUCUUCCCGCCUCUGCGUUCCAUUUUCGUUCGCUAUCCUGGUGCUGUUGCCUUCGUGUCGAUCACGUUGCCGACGCUGUUCGUCUCGGUUGUCACCAUGACUGUGCCCGAACUGGUGUUCCAGAUCUCCAAACGUGCGCAGGGAUUCGUCACGUUCUCUGGGCUAUACGAUCAGUGCAUGUGCAGAUACUGGAAGUUUAUCAUCUGCAAUGUCGUCAUCUUCUUCUGCAUCGGCGCGACCGCCAUCCAGACCAUCCUGCAAAGGUUCGGCAAUCCAGCCCCUGGCACCGUGCUCGAAACCAUCGCGUGUGCCUUCCCCGUCGCUGCGCCAUUCUUCGUGUCGUACCUCAUUCUGUGCAUGGGUACACACACGGGCCUCGAGCUCUUCCAAGCGAUCAUCGGCCUCGUGCAGCACGUAGCUGCACGGAACGCUUUUACACCGCGAGCCCGCGCGGCCAAGACAUUGCCGAGGAAUUUCAAUCGCUACUACUGGCUGCCUUUCCACGUGCUCAUCAUGACCAUCAUCUUCAUCUUCACCGUCCUCAAUCCGCUAGUCCUCCCGUUCGCACUCCUCUACUUUUGGAUCGCCAUGGUUGUGUUCAAGAAAAACUUUGCAUACGUCUACAUCCGUCGCUUCAACGAAAAGGAAGGCGUAUUUUACUUUGUGCGCCUCUUGCGCUUCUCUCUGGAUGGCCUGAUGACUGGCCAGGUCGUCUUGACUAUUUUUUUCGGUGUCACGAACCAAAGAGCCGUGUACACUGCUUUGACCGGGUUGCUCAUUCCCUUGACCGCGGUCCUCAAGAUCCUCGGGACACGCCUGUGGAAGUCACAAGUCAGGGCCUUGGAAGACGAUGAAGCUAAUGCGCUUUGCGGAAUAGACGUUGAACCGAGCUGGCAGCGCUUGCGGCGCAGUAUUCGGAAGGACUACGCGGACUCGGAGGCCGCAGCCGAUGAUUCGUUCGACACGCACAGUCCUCUCGACGUCCGAGCUUCAGGACGCUACCCUUUCAUUAACCCACCGCCUUCGGCAACCACAACGUCGAGCAUGUACCGUGUCUGGCAGCGGCUCCAUGACUCCUUUCACGCCAAUGGGAAUGAAAGGCCGAGCUACAUCAUACAACAAGAAGCCAAGGGACGGUCGCCGUACAAUCCGUUCCGGCGCACUGCUCGCUUUUUCGUUCAUGCGCCCGCCCACAUUGCCGAACGUACUGCAGAAAAGACGAAGGCGCUCUCUGUCGCCGUCAAGACACAGCAAGAACUUCAUCGCAAGAACAAGGAAGAGAGCGCGAGAGAAGAGGGUGACGGGACGAAUAUGGGUGACAAAAGCGCGAUUCUCAGCCGAGCCCAUGCUGGAACUCAAAUACAGUUCCAGAAUGUGGUCCUCCGACAUCAUAGCAGCAAGAUGAGUGAUGAGCAGCCAAUGCUACCCGUGUCCAACAACCACUCGCGGCAAGCAAGCGAUGAGGCAACGGCCACGCCCGGUUUCACCGGUUAUCGCACUGAAGAAAGCAGCGUUGGGCUGGUUCGCUCCCGCAGUGCACGAAGUCAAGUUGUCCUUGAUAUGGCUCCACGUGAGCCAACGAUUGAAGAAGGAGUUGAAGGCGCGGCCCUCGCGCAAGAAGAAAAGAGGCGACCCUCGACUUCACCAAGGAGUCAAAAUUCACAUGGAACGAACGAUGCAGUCAAGUGUGAAGCCAUUGCCUAUCCGCAUCCAAAGCUUAUGUGGGAGGACCAUCCGAACAAUUUGGCUCGGUACAACAACCCUUACUACAACGCCGUCUUGGACCCGUUUUUGUGGCUGCCGAAAGAGCCUUCGAAAGUCCUCGAUCUCUGUAACACUAUCGAAUGGUAUGGGGCUGCGCUUGUGAGCUCACAAGGUGGCAAGGGCAACGUGGGAGAAUGGGAGAACAGUGAAGACGAGGAUGGAAAGGACGAAUACGACUUCGACAGUCUCUCCCUGGCUAAUCUUGACGGAGAUGAAGUCAUCGCGGUGCCCGAGUCACUCGCUCGGCGCCUAGAAAAUGUCGAAGAGGCUGACGAAGUUUUUGAUCCUGCUACAAGUCUUCCGAAAGCUGUUAUGGAAGAUUACAAAAGAGCCAUCCGUCGAACGAGCAAUGGCGGCAGCGAGGACGGAAACAGCAUGCGCAUGCCAAGCCUACUGCGCGCUACUUCUUGGCGUUCUGAUGCCAGAUCAGUGGUGAGCCUGAGCUCUCAACCGGGCAGCCCGGUCACUGUUAGAAUGGUGUCUACUCCGGAACAGGCUUGCUCGGCGAACAGGCGGCCGACUCUUGACUCAUUUGCGUCUUUGCAUUUGGGAGAGGCAAAGGCGCCUGGCGAGCUCUCUUCAGCUGCCUCGGAGCAGAUAAGCGAGGUGCCGGUCCCACUGUCAGCAAUGACCUAUCCUGGCAUGAAGAUAGCUCAGCCGGAUGGUAUCAUCGCAGAUACAGCCGCAAGCGAGCGCCGAGCGGCCAAUGUGUCUGGCCACGGCCAUCUAGCCUUCGUCGACUCCCCACACAAGGGCCAUCCUUCGAGCCGCUUAUACGCUACAUCGCAUUCGCGCCGUGCCACCGGCGCAAGCUACAUGUCACACGGUACAGCAAUGAGCGGCGUCAGCUCGGCGGGUGGUCGCUCGAUCACAAUGAAGAAAGCACUGCAGGCCGAAGUCCUUGAAGAGGAGCGCAGGGAAACGAUUGGCCGUAACUUGAUGACGCGUCAGAAGAACGCACAGCGUAGACGCAAGCUCAAGGACGAGGAAGCUGCCAGUCAUGAUGCGGCGGAAGUACCAACAAGCGCCAUCAUGGCUAAGCACGAGCAAGCUGUCAGGCGGCGCGAGGCGUCCAUUGCGCAAAGCGUUGUUGACGGAUCGAAUGCUGCCACAGAACCUCCGUAUACCCCUUCACAUCGACCUUCCGUCUCGCAAUGGGGGGUCGUCUCGCUCUCCAACGUGCUAGCCUCUUGGACGGGUGCCAGUCAGAAAGCUGCCGAGGUAAGCAACCAGUCUCAGACCGACGCAGCCGAGAUGGAUGAGCUGCCUUCGAGCAGCGCUAGGCGAUCUUCUAAAUAAAUCAUUUCAGGAAUUUCCACCACCGGCGUUACUGGACGGCUCAAGUUGUUUACCAAUGCAGUGCUAUGGAUGGAAUACAGUCGGACGGGCAUCAAUUGAAUGCUUGUACAUGAUCGUCCCUGUUUCACAUUGAAGGGUCCGAGGGCUUGCAGAAUACCUAGUCUGCAUUCACUAUUAUUAUGCGGCAGAUUUUUUCGCUGCGUGAAGCUUGCCGCUUGCGUCCCUACCCAUGUGUUGGAGGCUGCGCAGAACCUCGAUUGCCGAUGAAGAUUGACGUUGGAUUUAUGUUUUGACUUUGGGGGCGAAAACAGUAGAAACUGAACAAACCAACAAUGCUCCACGUCAACGUCGUCAUCCUUAG